CAGAGUGUGGGGAAAAAGCAGCUGUCAGCAGAGGGACGUAUGGCAAGGAGGACUCUUUGAGAUUCUACUUUAAAUCAAGAAUUUUUGCUGCUUUUUUUAAGUUCCAAAAUAGAGACAGGUGACAUCCCUCCUCACCACCAGGAAUCAUGCUUCACUCUCCCUCUCCACUGAAAACAGCACUGGCCUAUGAGUGCUUCCAAGAUCAAGCCAACUCUACUCUAGCAUUGCCAUCAGAUCACAAGCUGAAAACAAGAGGGACGGGAAAACAAAGAGUACAGGAGCAGGUGAUGUUGACAGUGAAACGGCAGAAGCAGAAGACCUCGCUUUCCUCAGCAUCAAAUGCAGCAGGCCACUCCAACCGAGGUUCCAUGUAUGAUGGUCUCACUGAUGGUUACAGUUAUGGAACAGCCCGUGGAAGCUACUAUGCCAAAGCCAACACAGGAAACAAUUGGGGCCAUUCGAUAUACAAUGGAACCCUCAAAAGAGAAGCAGCAGAGAACAAGCGCUACAGUUCAUACAGUCAAAUGGACAGCUGGGGCGGCAGAAAUUACAACAAGAUCUGCAGUCCUACUACCCCCGGCAGUGAUUACUGCUUUGUGCAGAACAUGAAGAGUAGCCGGAGUGAGCCAGAUCUCUACUAUGAUCCUCCACGAGGCACAUUAAGGAGAAAUCAGAGUGGCAGCCGUGUCGGUCACAAGGCCAGCCUGCAUCGUCACAGCUUCUACAACAACACAUCCAACCAAGGAAUUACAACCACAACAAGGACGAGCAAAAGAGUUCCAGCCCGCACUUCUUCUUACACUUCCACGAACAAGCAUGAAGUGGUUUAUGCUCAACCAGUAGCUAGCAAGCCAGACAUAGUAUAUGGACAACCUCCUUCCACUUCAAAAAUUUGUCACGAUGAGAUGGAUUACGGAACAAUGACCAUUCAGAAAGCCAUCCAGCUCCUGUGUUCCUCAGAUGAGAAGAAUCAGGCAAUGGGUGCUUAUUACCUCCAGCACACAUGCUUUCAGGAUGAGUCUGCCAAACAAGAGGUCUAUCGACUUGGUGGCAUUGCCAAGCUCAUUGAACUUCUCCGUAGUCCUGAUGAGAAUGUUCAGCUGGCUUCAGCUGGAGCCCUUCGAAACUUGGUCUUCAGAAAUCCCACAAACAAGCUAGAAACCCGCCGCCAAAAUGGAAUUCGAGAGUGUGUGAGCCUUCUGAGGAGGACUGGAAACACAGAAAUACAGAAGCAACUGACAGGAUUACUCUGGAACUUGUCAUCCACUGAUGAAUUAAAAGAAGAUUUGAUCCAUGAUGCUCUCCCUGUUCUGACCGAUCGUGUUAUUAUUCCCUUUUCUGGCUGGUCUGAUGGUACCAGUAAUAGAUCAAGAGAAAUGGUUGACCCAGAGGUAUUCUUCAAUGCCACUGGCUGCUUGAGAAACCUGAGCUCUGCUGAUGCUGGACGUCAAACCAUGAGAAAUUACCCUGGACUGAUUGACUCUGUAAUGGCUUAUUCCCAGAACUGUGUGGCAGCCAAUCGGCCAGAUGACAAGUCAGUGGAGAACUGCAUUUGUAUCCUGCACAAUCUGUCUUACCGUCUGGAUUCUGAGGUGCCUAAUAAAUACACACAGCUUAACCACAUGGCCAGAAGCACUUACACAGAUAAAUCCCUGACAAGCUGCUUCAACAACAGAGGCGGGAAGCUGGAGUAUGAUGAAUAUGAUCUACCUCUUCCUGAAGAAGACUAUAAACCCAGAGGGUCCAGCUGGCUGUAUCAUUCAGAUGCUAUUCGCACAUACCUGUCUCUGAUGGAUCAAAGCAAGAAGGAUGCCACCCUCGAGGCUUGUGCUGGAGCCCUUCAAAAUCUGACUGCAAGCAGAGGACUGAUGUCAAAUGCUAUGAGCCAGCUGAUUGCUUUAAAAGAGAAAGGUUUGCCUCGUAUAGCACGGCUCUUACAAUCCACUAAUGCUGAAGUUGUCCGAUCUGGAACAUCCUUACUGAGCAAUAUGUCUCGACACCCAGUUCUUCACAAAACCAUGGCUCAUCAGGUGCUUCCAGAUGUGACCCGUCUUCUAGCCCUGCAGGCUCCGGGUUCUAGCAAUUAUGGAGAAAUUAUGACAUCUGCUUGCUAUGCUCUGAGAAACCUAAUGAUGUCCAACCCACAGAUGGCCAAGCCCUACUUGACAGGCAGCUUGAUAAAUAAUGUAGUAGCUCUUUGCCGAAACGGCUCCUAUCCCAAAGCAGCUGAAGCUGCUCGUUUCUUGCUAUCUGACCUGUGGUCAAACAGAGAGCUCCAAUCCAUACUGAAGCAGCAAGGAUAUGAUAAGAAUACAAUGGGAUCAUUAACAGGAAGUGCUUUCAGAACUCUGUCUUCCAGAUUCUAAGAAAACAUUGUCAUUGCCUGUUUGGAUUUCAGAAUUGGUAACUUGUUCCUGUCUGAAGACCUCAGUUGUCAAGGAAUCAGUUAAGACAGAAAAAGACAUACACAGUGUUUUGAAAAUUCAACUCAGUUGUAAAACGCAGUAUGGAAAUUGUAUACCUACUUAUAGGUAUGCUCAAACAUGUUUUAAUUGUGCGUUGUUGUUUUUUUCUUUUGUGGGGAAUUGACUUGAGGUUGAGGUUAAUGAUACUUGAUGUCAGUCAUUAGGAUAAAAAUAUGGGCUUUUUAUUUUGAAAGCUAUAAAGAAUAGGGUAAAAACCAAUCUCCCCCACUGGCAUGAAAUUAUUGUGUCAUGAAACUGUUAAGUGAUAUGUUACUCUCUAAAUGAGAGAGUAUAUUUAGUCAGGUUGGGUAACA